AUGUGUCUGUCUCAAAGCAAGAUCCAGUCGUACAAGGCCAAGAAGCAGGUGAUCGAAAGGGUGGUAAAAACUGCUUUCGGAUCUCCCCUCCCAGGGAUCUCCUCACCUCCCGCUGCCUGCGCCACUGUCACAACAUCAUCAGAGAACACUCCCAUCCAGCACACCGACCAAGGGACAUUUAAGAGCCCGACUAAAGAGAGCGCAUCGUCGAGGGAGACAUCAGCCGCGGGACGGGAAGCUGUGGCUCUGAGGGUCAUCUCCAGAUUGAUCCCGGCUCAAUCCUGCAGCUCCUCUCCCUGUUUGAAGUCACAUCUGGAGCUGGUUUCUUGCACUGAGGAAGUCCAGCGCUCCAAAGCCUGCUUCUCUGCCCCCUGGGGUUAA